AUGGUAGCGCCAGAAUCGCGGACAUUGGAACUGCGAAGAAUAUGGCCGAUUUCUCUAUCCGCAAACUUACCCUCCACUGUGCAAUUGGACGGGUUCGACAUUACCGAUGCCCAGUUUCCACCCAAACAGUGGCUUCCCACCAAUGUCAGAUUAGAGAAAUGGAAUAUUCAUGAGUCUGUGCCGGAGUAUCUACUCGGACAAUACGACGUUGUCAACAUCAGAUAUUUCGCACUCGUAGUCCGCAAGGACAAUCUCAGCCGUUUGCUGAGGAAUCUGAUUUCCUUGCUCAAGCCCGGUGGAUAUCUUCAAUGGAUCGAAAUCAACAUUGCGGAGCAGCAGAUCGUUUCCGCCCGGCCAGACACGUCCAUGGCAGCGACGUCGUCUUUUAGCGAGGACGGGAAGAAGGCCAUUGCGACCUUGGGAGUCAGAUUUGACUGGCUGAACGACCUCCCGAGCAUCUACCAAGAAUUCGGGCUGGUGGAGGCAAGUCAAUUUAAGCCCGAUCCAAUUCCCGCAUUGCGACCGAUGUCCUCGUAUCUUGCCAUUGGGGGAUGGGAGGAGUUCAGUUACAACGUCUUAGAUAAGAAGGGGGCACAUCCUCUCCUUGGUAGCGGACAGGACCUGCGCCGACGGUUGAAUGACGUGCGUAAUGAAACUCAGACCGGGGCUGCAAUCGAGCAAUUGCACUAA